CUUCUCCUGCAGUUGCACUGUGGCUCCGUGGGCGGGUAAACUGCGUGUUGCUGCGUCAUCGUCAGUGGCCGGUUUGAAUGAGACUCUCGUCGCACCCGUGCUGCCGCCACUACCGCGCCUCCGCCUUGGCCGCCGCCACAGCUUCAUCGCGUCCCUUUCCCUUCGACGCCCUUGCCAGGCCCAGCCUUCCUGCGCCGCCGCCGCCGCCCUUUGUGCCGCCAUGCCGCUUUAUUCAGUUACUGUGAAAUGGGGAAAGGAGAAGUUUGAAGGUGUAGAAUUGAACACUGAUGAACCUCCAAUGGUGUUCAAGGCUCAGCUUUUUGCACUGACUGGAGUCCAGCCGGCCAGACAGAAAGUUAUGGUGAAAGGAGGAACGUUGAAGGAUGAUGAUUGGGGAAACAUCAAAAUAAAAAAUGGAAUGACUCUACUAAUGAUGGGGUCAGCAGAUGCUCUUCCUGAGGAGCCCUCAGCUAAGACUGUCUUUGUAGAAGACAUGACUGAAGAACAGUUAGCAUCUGCGAUGGAAUUGCCAUGUGGAUUGACAAACCUUGGUAACACUUGUUACAUGAAUGCCACAGUUCAGUGUAUUCGUUCCGUGCCUGAACUCAAAGAUGCCCUUAAAAGGUAUGCAGGUGCCUUGAGAGCUUCAGGGGAAAUGGCUUCAGCACAGUACAUUACUGCAGCCCUUAGAGAUUUGUUUGAUUCCAUGGAUAAAACGUCUUCUAGUAUUCCACCUAUUAUCCUACUGCAGUUUUUACACAUGGCUUUCCCACAGUUUGCGGAGAAGGGUGAACAAGGACAGUAUCUUCAACAGGAUGCUAAUGAAUGUUGGAUACAAAUGAUGCGAGUAUUGCAACAGAAAUUGGAAGCUAUAGAAGAUGAUUCUGUUAAAGAGACAGAUUCUUCAUCUGCAUCAGCAGUGACACCUUCUAAAAAGAAAAGCUUAAUUGAUCAGUUCUUUGGAGUUGAGUUUGAAACUACCAUGAAAUGUACAGAAUCUGAAGAAGAAGAAGUCACUAAAGGGAAGGAAAAUCAGCUUCAGCUUAGCUGUUUUAUCAAUCAAGAAGUCAAGUAUCUUUUUACAGGACUUAAAUUGCGACUUCAGGAAGAAAUCACCAAACAGUCUCCGACAUUGCAAAGAAAUGCUUUAUACAUCAAAUCUUCUAAGAUCAGCCGACUACCUGCUUACUUGACUAUUCAGAUGGUUCGAUUUUUUUAUAAAGAGAAGGAAUCUGUGAAUGCUAAAGUUCUUAAGGAUGUUAAAUUUCCUCUUAUGUUGGACGUGUACGAACUAUGUACACCAGAACUUCAGGAGAAAAUGGUCUCUUUUCGAUCAAAAUUCAAGGAUCUAGAAGAUAAAAAAGUGAAUCAGCAGCCAAAGACAAGUGACAAAAAGAGUAGUCCCCAGAAAGAAGUUAAAUAUGAACCUUUUUCUUUUGCUGAUGAUAUUGGCUCCAAUAAUUGUGGAUACUAUGAUUUGCAAGCAGUGUUAACACAUCAGGGAAGGUCUAGCUCUUCAGGCCAUUAUGUAUCAUGGGUAAAAAGGAAACAAGAUGAGUGGAUUAAGUUUGAUGAUGAUAAGGUCAGCAUCGUGACACCAGAGGAUAUCUUGCGGCUUUCUGGUGGUGGAGACUGGCAUAUAGCAUAUGUAUUACUGUAUGGGCCUCGCAGAGUUGAAAUAAUGGAAGAGGAAAGUGAACAGUAAUUUUAGCUAUUUAUGUUUAGGUGUGAAAUAAAUGUUAUUUGUUGAUCAUUUCUAUAAUCCAGAGCUUUAGCAGAAGCUAUUUAGGUGGUUUUAUGUGUAUCCCCUCGUGUGGAACAAAAGAGGGUGGAAGCAGACCACUCUGUGGAUCAACCUAAAAAAAAUUACAGAAUAAAGAAAAUUGCCUUUGGACUGUGCUCCCCUGUAUAAAGGUUGCAGGAAGAUAUUUUUUAAAAGCUUAUUUCUUGCAUUAAUUUUUAAAAAUUCUCAUCUGAAAAUGCCUUUCAACCAUUACCUUCUGUGAUAAGUUUUUUCUCCCUUUUUCAGCCCAGGAUUCAGCAAUCAGAUGUUUAUUGCACACCUAUUACUCUUUGUUGUUGUUCUUGCAUGGUUCAAACCACCGGUGAUUCAUAGCUGCCCAUCCUUUGCCUUAUCUAACAAAAAUUUUACCAGGAAGGUAGAAAGGAAGUAAGUGUUUUUCUCAUUGUGUUACUCAGUGCUGCUGCCCACAUCCCAUGGAAACAUGGGUACAAUCAAGUAUUUGUCCAGCCUGACUGUUGCUGGCUUUUCAUGACUUUAAAAUAAAUUGUGAUCAGUAAUAGUA